AUGGAGCCGGAGCCCGAUCAGCCAAAGGCUGCGGUCGGUGGGGGCCACCGCAAGCACCUGGCCAUGCUCGAGCGCCUCUCCAAGCGCUCCUCCUCCUCCUCGGUCGGCGCCCCACCCUCGGACUCCUCUGACGCCUCCCCCGUCGAGGCCUUCCUUUCCCGCUUCGCCGGCGCCAAGCUCGCCGCGGAGUCAGCGCUCUCCGCCUGCCGCUCCUCCUCCCCCGGAGACGACGCGACCGCAUCUCUGGCGGCUGCUGCGGUCGCCAUCGAUGACAUCGAUCGCCUCAUCGCCGAGGCGUCCCACGCACUGCCCCCAUACGAGCUCCGCGCGGCCCUCGCCACCGCCGCCGACCUCCGCGCGGCACACAGGGUCGCCGCCUCUGAGCUGCGUCCCAAGAAGUCCUUCUCCUUCAGGAACAAGAGCAGGAAUCUGAAGAACCCGCCUCAGGAUCAUGUCACCGCAUCACCACCGCAGCCACCUCCUCCGGAGCAGCCAAAGCCUAGUCUUGACGCGAUCCUACCAGGGUUCGGGUUCCGGGGCAGGAACGGCGCCACCCUUGCGAAGGAUCUGCGUGUCUCCAACGACAAGGAUGGGGAUUUCACGCUUGCGGAUUUGGUUUCCUGCGAGGUCUAUCUCAAGGGCAAAUGCCGGGCGCUGUACAUCCACAAGCUGAGAGAUUGCCGUGUGUUCGUCGGAGCUGUUCUUGGUUCUGUGCUUAUAGAGGACGUCGAAGGCUGCAUAUUUGUGAUGGCAGCACACCAGAUCAGGAUUCAUGAGGCGAGGGUGACGGAUUUCUACUUGCGGGUGAGGAGCAGGCCUAUCAUUGAGGAUUGCAGCGGCGUGAGAUUUGCACCAUACGUUUUGAAUUAUGAAGGGAUUGAAGAAGAUUUGGAGGACUCUGGACUUGAGGAGGAGACUGGUAAUUGGGCUAAUGUGGAUGACUUCAAGUGGCUCAAGGCAGUGCAGUCACCAAAUUGGUGUUUGGUUCCAGAGGAAGAACGAUUGCAGACUGUCAACAUUUCAGAGGUUCAUGAACAGGAGGAUGAUAGCUGA